AUGCAUUUCGCUACUGUGACCUUUGCCAUGGCGUCGGUUGGCAUUGCCACCGUCGCCGUUGCUUCCAACUUGGACAACACAUCCAACAACACAAACCUCACACCAGUGCCAACAGUGGACGCUGAGGUCGACUCGUACGAUGACGACUACGAGCCCGAGUUCGCCGAGGCCACCCCGGCCCCAGAACCCGCCACAGAGUUCGACCUGCCCGACACUCUCAUUACCGUCGUCCUCUCAGGCGAGGGUACCGAUAGCACCAACUUCCAAACCCUCGUCAUCACCCCCGUGACCCACACCGUGGGUGCUGCCGAGGGCGAGUCUCUCGCCGCCGAGGCCACCGGUCAUCCUCUUCACCGCCGUGAUGAGGAAGACGGCUACGAGUUCGACUAUGCCGAGGAAGACGGCGACGCCGAAACAACCUUCCACUUCUUCGCGCCCAGCGAACAUAGCUAUCACCAUCAACACCCCACCGCCUCCGUCUCUUCCACCGAGGAGUCCGAGGAGUCCGAGGAACCCCUCAUCACCCCGGCCCCAUCGCACCCCGUCCUCGUCGCCCGCGACCGUGACUGGCGCGCCGACCGAGACAGCGCCAUCUCCCGGGGCCGCGCCGCCCGAGACCGCGGGCGUCAACAAGGCCGUAACGGCCGCGAUCGGGGCCGCGAAAACGGCCGUGCUGCCAACGAGCGUGCGGCUGCGAACCGUGCUGAGGACCGCGCUCGGCGUCAGGGGGAGUACUACGAUAACCGGUACGACAACUACUAUAACGACAACGACGGCGUGGCCACCAGCACCGUAACCGUCACCACCCGCCGGCCUAACCCCGCCAUGCGCGCCGCUCGCGCCGCUAUGCGUGCUGCGCGCAUGAAUAUGCGCAUGAACCGCAAGAUUAAUGGGUAUAAGAACCGGAUGAUGGUGCGUCGGGAUUGGCAGCAGGAUCUGGCGUCGGCUAAGUCGUUGGCUUCGUCGUAUCGGAGUGUGGUUACCGCUGGUGGUGCUUCCUCUUCGAUAACCACCAUCACGACUACCACGCCGGUUGUUACCAAGGUGGAUAACACCGCUGCUACUGUUACAUCCACGUUGACGAGUACGCUGGUGAUUAGCACGGCUACGGGUUCCGGACAGGAUCCUAAGGCUACGCAGAAUUCGGAGGACGCUAAGGUUAGCGGGGCUGAUGUUCAGUCGGGGCGGUUUGCGCGGAUUGUUGUGAUUGUGGCUAUUGGGUGUGUUGUUGCUUGUGGGUUUCUGAUGUAG